UGAAAACAAUUAAGUAUUGUAUCGCAGUAUUAUUUGCUGUGUUCUCUCUGAUAAAAGAAGAACCAGUCUUUACCAUUUACAACAAAAUACCACAGUUUUCAAGAUGAAAGCGCUAGUUUUAUUGUUGAUUUUCGGACUUAUAGCUUCAACCGCUGCCCAUCAACCUUUCCAUUUACUUUUAAUUCCGUAUCGAAUUUACCAAUACACAUUAACAUUACUGGAAGAUACUAAUAGUGAUAAAUUGGUGGCUUUUGAAUAUAAACAAUUAAAGGCGAAGAAUGUGUCAACUGAGAAAUUAAAAGAACAUUGUGUUAAAAAUAAAGGAGAGGAUACUUGGCGAAAAUUUGAGGAAAACUUCCUUAAUUUUACAAUGUGUCUCAGCGAUCCCUUUAAUGCAUGGCAAUUUUGUGGAAAUUAUCAACCUAAUUUACAUACAUGUCUGAAAACUUAUUCCAAAAGACUUUCAGUUUGUGAAGAAGAUGAUGGUAAAGACUUGUUUUCACUACACAUCAAUUCCACCACUAAAAUGGCCGAUUAUAUAUGCGUAGCGCACCCCUAUUUGCAAUAUCCAAAUGCCCUUCAGAACAUGAAUGCAAAAUGCUUACUCGAAUUUGCCAACUACAUGAUUAGAAGGGAUGUAGAAGAUAAAUUAGAAGUGGUUAGAAGGUGUAUUAAAGAGAAACAGGCUGCCAGUGCAGAAGCAGAUCAAAUAAAAAGUUACUGCAACUCCCAACUAUUUCUAAACGAAUGCGUAUUGAAGAAAGUUAAUGUUCACUGUGAUGCUUCAGGUCCUGUAAAGAAUAUUGUAGAGGACAUAUUCUUUAAUGCAACGUUUAGUUUCUGUAGAGACAAGUAUAGUUAUACGUUAUCAUGAUUCAAUCAAAUUUUACUUAUUAUUUCGUUACUGUAAUAAUUAUAUAGUACAUAAUAUUGUUGCAAAUCCUAAAAGGACUUUGCUAAAAAUAAUAAAGACCUAAAUU